AUGACUUCAUUACGACGUUAUAUGCCAAAUGAUAAUAUUCCAGGUGAUGAACAAAAAAGAAAGAUUCAUAUGAUAGACGUAAUUAAUCGCCGAUCUACUAAAAUACCAACAUAUAUAGUAGGUGAAGAUCUUAUUGAAUUUAGAAUACAUGAAAAAGGUGAAUAUGAUAUAUUUCAAGUAUAUAAAAAUGGUGAUGAAUAUUGUCCAAUAGAUAAUGGUUAUAAAUUAUUUAAUAUAACAACUCGUACACCAAAAACUGAUAGACGUAUGUUACUUUCAUUAGAUCUUAAUCAAAAUCAAUCUAAACUUGACAUAUAUUUUUGCGUUAUUCCAUCAUCGCAACGUGAAACAGUAUUAAAAACAGGUGUAUGUCCACCAGAAAAUUGUGAAGAUAAUCACUUUAAAAUAAGAAAACGUAUAGAGAAAAUUUUUUUAACGGAUGGGGAAAAAAAUCAAAAAGUUUAUUUAUAUAAAGGUGAUACCAUUGAACUUAAAUGGUCAUCAGAACACGGUAUUGCUUAUUAUAUUGAAGAAAAAAAAUAUUGCCCAAUAUCUGGUGGUCUUUAUACUCUUGAACGAACAUCUGUUAGACCAUCAUCAAAAGGAACAUAUAGUAAAACAUUUGAUGAAUAUGGUAUGUCAUUUUUAUUUCGUAUAACCGAUACAAAUCAAAUUCAUGAUAUAAUUGUCUGUGUUAUUAAUGAGAAAUACAAAAUAAAAUAUAUAGAAAUAACUGAUAAUAUUCCACCAAAUAUUGUUUGGAUUGAACAACAUGAUUGGGUUAUAUUUGAAUGGAAUACUACAUGUAAACAAACUAUUGUACAAAUUGAACCAUUUCCUACUGAUGAAAAUCAACAACAGUCAACUUUUUUUUGGCGAUAUAAACCAUCACAUCAUGGUUAUAUGUAUCAUCAAUUUAAAGAAACAGGAGUUUAUUAUUAUAGAGCUGCAAAUGAUCAAAUUGGUACAAUUAUUGUUCAACCAGAGAAAGCUAUUCAUCAAGUACAGAUUGUUAGUGAUCAAAAAAUUCAUAAUAUGAGAACAGAAGGCUUUGUUCAAUUCAAUUGGAAAACUAGUGAUUCACCAGAAGAACCGAUAUUAAUUACUAUUGAUUCAAAGUCAUCAGUAGUAGCAGAAGCAGCUGAUGGUCGUACUGAAUUAUUUGAUUGUUGUAAGUAG